AUGGCAAACCUUAAGCCAGAAGAUGGAGAGCAUUCCAUCUGGCAUGGCUACAGCCACCAAGCUCCCAGCGUGUCCCAUCCCCCCGCAUUCGACUCGAACUAUCACUCUCCCGCGUUGUCUAUCCCGCACCAUGGACGACCCCAGAAAGGGACUUACCGUUCUCUGGACAUUCCGUCAAUACAUCCACGUCCUCGAGAGGGAUCUGGGGUCAUGACUGCAUCACCACCGCCCUUGAACACCCACCACAGUUAUCCAUCGUUGAAGAGAGCCUUUCAAGGGGAAAUACCGUAUGGGGAAAGCGUGCAGGAGUUCAAGGACGAGAUCGACGCACCGAAGCCCACGAUCAGCCAAGACCACAGGUUGCUUUCUUUUGGUAAACUCCAGGAGAAGCACACCAUCAUCGACGGUCAAGGGCGAGUACAGCAAAUCGAGUUGACAGCGCAGAUCCACGGGAUGUUCUUCUUAUCGGAAUUAGCAACACCAGCAGGAGAGAAUCAUCUAGUGCAGCCCGAGCUGACAUGCUACCGACGAAACUUGUUCCAGAUAUCUGGAAGCGUCACUACACCACGAAGCGCCUUGUCAAUAAUUACUGAACACAACAAUAGGAUUCCCAUCGUUUCAUUGGAAGUCGUCAUCUCCGCUACCGAGUCUGUUGACAACCACAUCGUGAAGCUGAUCGUUAUCCCGUGGAAGACUCCCCCACCCAACUCACCCGAAAUCCCAACAGGCCAGGAACAUGAGCCUGCACCCAUACCACUACUACCGCUCGACGAAGGCCCCGAUGCAGAUCCCGACUUCACGGUGUAUCCGAUUGCGUAUCGGAGGUUGCAAUUCAGGAUUGCAACGGCAAACAACGGUCGAAGACGAGAGCUUCAACAGCACUUCACACUUCACCUCAACGUUGUGGGGACUUUGGCGAAUAGUACGAAGUUGAAUGUUUGUGAGACGGCUACCGCGCCAAUUGUGGUCAGAGGUCGAAGUCCGAGAAACUUUCAGGCGAGAAAGGAGAUUCCUCUUGCGGGGUCGUCCUCUUCUCGUGGGCAGCCUCCUGAGCUUCAGGUUGCUACAAACAUUAUGUCGAAUACUGGCGGCCAUGACGGAAAGAAGACGGCGAAGCCGCAAACGCUUGAGCUUCCAAGGUCACCUUUCACGUUCGAUUCGAGCACACUUUCGGGAUCUCCCUCUAUGAUUCGACAAACAAGGACUUAUUCCUCGUGGAACGCAACUCAAACUCCAGAUCACACCACGGCACCAAACACGCCAAACUACCCAGCGCCGUCAAUAGGAAUAGACAAUUACCUGCAGGUCAACCAGUCAGAUCCAAAUCUCGCUCAGUCAAGCACGCAUUCCUCAGCAACAAAUCUUGCCCCCGGUCCACCGCCACUCCGUCAACAAUACGCUUACCACCACCCUCCUUCCUCCGAACCACCCUCUUCCACCACCCUUCGCUUCAUUGACAGCAACCCGCGACCCGCAAAAUCCCCACGACACGUUGCGCCUCCAGAGGUCCCCUCAAACGCACCUCAAGCUUAUUCCGAGUACUCGACCCGCUUCGCGGCUCCUUAUAGCCAAGCACCCUCCGUAGCCAUGCCCUCGCGGGCACCCGAGUACUUUCCCACCACGCAACAACAUUCAAUGACCAUGAACCAGCCGUGGACCAGCGCGUCAGAAGGAGGAGGAGUCUACGGCACAAGUCAACCGCCCGGCGUCCAUCAGUACGAGUUUCCAACCGAGCAGAGCCAGUACGUGAAACAAGAAGGAGAGGCACCUCACCCACCUAUGCAUUAUACUUGGAAUCUUCAACAGCAAUGA